AUGUAUAUAGUCUUUAAAACAGAUGGUUCUGUUACACGUAAAGGAUUCCUUGGUUACUACCAGAUUCGAUGUACGAAUAAUGACGUAACAUUGUGCUUUGUUGUUUGUCAAACGUCAAGAUUCAUUUAGCAUGAAUGAAUACCCUUAAACGAAUUUUAAUUUUGCAUUGAUAUUAUCCAAGUUAUUGCAUUCAUAUUUUAACAAAUUUAUAUAUAUAUAUAUAUAUAUGUGUGUGUGUGUGUGUGUGUGUGUGUGUGUGUGUGUGUUGGUGUGUGUGAUGACGAUCCGUUUAUCCAAUUUUAUUUUUUUUUCUUUCUUUUGAUAUGUAAACUAUCGAAAAAGAAAGAAACUUUUUUCAAGUCCUAUUUUUUUUCAUACCAGCGUACAACUCUAUCAUAUCCCAAAUGAUCGGCACCAUUGCUAAUCCAGGCUAUGCUGUAAAAUACCCGACACCUUCCUAUUAUUCAUGGACACUUGUUGGCGGGAAUGAAGUCAUCACUGUGAGGUAAAAGAAAUCAGUUUUUGUUUUUUGCUGUUUCAAUUUUUUUAAAAAUUUAUUUAAAAGGCACGAUGGGAAAUAAUUUAAUUUAAAUCACAAAAUCAGACAUAAUGUGCGAACAAAAUAUAUCGUUUAUUAAUAGAUGCUUAUCAAAUAUAUUUUAAAAAAAAAAUAUAUUUUCAUGAAAAAUGCAAGUUAAUUUAGCCACUCCAGGUUGCACUCAUCCUAGCUUUGCCUCUGAUUGUUAUGUAAUUGUUAUGGUAAUGACUUUCUCGUUUUGCAACAACAAAAAAAAGUUUUAUACACACACACACACACAGCUAUACAUAUCACAUUUCAAAGUAGAAUGAUAACAAAAAGGGGGAAGGGCUAGGGAAUUGAAAAAUGAAAAGAAAUAAAAACAUAAAUAUUUGGCAUACAACGGUCGCUAAUUAACUUUGGCUUAUGCAAUUUGGUGUGCUUAAUUUUGUAACGUUUAAGCAAGUCCUUUAGAUUCUCUCAUCUCUCAAUAAGCCUGUUUGGAAAUAGUGAUCACCUAAUUCAUUUAUUUCAGAUUCUUUUUUCAAAUGAAAGGAUUUCCGGACUGUAAAGAUGCUGUGCUUCGUGUGUACGACGGUGGAAACACGAGCGCCAAGUUGAUUUCACAAUAUUGCCAGUCCAAUUUUUCUGCCAAUCUAACAUCAUCAACUAGUUUGAUGCACAUUGUUUUUAAAGCAAACAGCAGUUCUUUGGGUU